UCGUCGAGAGAGAUCGAGAGUCUUAUUAAAUUUUUAUGUUGCCGAAGUACUGAUGGAGCUGGUUUCUCGUUUAGCUCUCCAGACGCACACUCCUUCCACCAUGUCUACUGGAUGCUAAAAUGGAGAACGACAAACUGAAGAAAAAAUUCAAGUCUGUUCGAUCUAAAAAUUCUCCUCUUUAUCUCGACUUGGUCAAUUUACGAUUGGAGCGGAGAUGGGACGGUCUAGAUGCGCUUCUGAAAGUCCGUACCAAGUUUGGCGACUCGGUGAAGUACCUGGACCUUGCUGAUGUUGAACGAUCGCUGGACGAUGUGUUCCUUGCUGGAAAGCCUGGGUCCAAAUUUGAAAUUCCUGAAUCCUCUCAAGGUAGCAUGGAGGCGACAUUAGAUACGCUGAAAACUUUGUCAGAGCCGACCAAUGAAGAAAUUGACUACUUUUUGCUUGAGGCACGAUUACUGCAGGCAAAGGUACUGUUUUUACUUGGCCAACCCUCCGAGGCACUUGCAUGUCUCGACGCGCUUGAUAUAUCUGACCUGCAGCCAGAAAGUGGCUGGCCAAUUCAUGCCACUCGCCUAGUUGCGGAAUGCUUAUCACUGAAAGGCUGGGCUCUUCAGCAUCUCUUGUCGGAAAAUACGGAGUGGCGCGAGCAGGCACCCAGUGCUCUCACCGCAUUGCAGCAAGCCGUGGAUGUAACCUUUGUCUACCUACAGGAACUGUCUGUCGCUGUCAGCCCGAGUGUGCUGGGUGGCAAGCCGGCCAAUGCCAGCAACAUUACGAUCAGUUCGUGGCUGGAGGCAGCCGUACACCACGCGCCGCUGAUGCAUCUGCUGCUCGGGCGCACGGACGGCGCCAUCCAGGUCUUGCGCAACAUUCUGCGGGUUUCCGAGAAUCAGUUCUCCAAGGCAUUGCGGCUCAGUGCGUCUCGUCAGCUAGCGUUGCUGCUACUAAGAGCGCCACACUGCUAUACACCGCCAGACUUGUCGCCGACAUCACACGUGCCAUCACUAAGACUGCAUCCGGUGAUAAGCCGCCCGAAUUUCUUGAGUCCGGAGCAUCAACCCGAGGAGGUUGUCCUCGUCCUGACGAUCGCCGAAGGACUGGUACGCGAGGAAGCCGUGCAGAGUCGGUUCCCUGACGACCAAGAUAUCUACAAGCAGUGGCACGACCAGGUCGCAGCCGUCUACGAUCUCGCCGUUCUUGCUCUAGCCAUGUUUGGUAAGUCUAACCUCAUCGAGCUGCUGCAGCAGUCCAUGCGCUUCUCCUUCGAUGACGAGCACGUCUGGAUGCAGUUUGGCCUGGCGCUGAUCAGCGGCAGGCAGUUUGAGCGUGCUCUGAUGGUGCUCAAGCAAUGCUUGCAGCAGAAUCCCGACAACACGGCGGCAGCGCUGCUGGUCUGCCAACUGAGAAUCUACGACCUACCCAAUGGCGACGAAGCAGUUGAGUAUGCCAGCCAGCUUGCUGAGAAGUGCCCUGAGAUGGCUAAGGCUCACGUCACGCUUGGUCUCGCAUAUGCCGUUCAAGCUCGCCAGCCAACAACGCACACGCACCGGGAAGAGCUCCUGCUGAAGGCCAUGGAGUCGUUUCGCAGGGCCUACGAAGUGGAUCAGAACGACCCAGCCUGCAUGCUCUACUACGCACUGCAUCUGGCAAUUCAGCGUCGUGUGAACGACGCCAUGUUGCUUGUCCUUGACUUACUGCAGAAGAGUCACAUGCACCAUCACGGCCUCUGGCUAAUGAUUCUCCUACAGACCUCGCUGAAGAAUUAUGCCGAGGCGCUGAGUGUGUGUGAGCAGGCACUGUAUGAGUACCCUCAGGAUAUGGUCUUUGUCAAGCUGAAGGUGGAGAUCAAGGCAGCCACUUCUGGUGUCUCCACCGCCCUUGUAACGGCCAAGUCCGACCUCAACUUCGACGCGGACGUGAAGGGGCCACCAGAGUCACCAGCGUCCUCACGGACACCGUCAACAGCAAGCAGCUGCUUAUGGCUGCUUCUCACUAGCCUGUUCUUGCGCAAUGACCAGUUUGAGGAUGCUGCCUCGUGCUUCAAGCGUGUCACUGAUAGCAUGUCACCCGACAGCCUCUAUUAUCGUGGCCGCCUGCUGGCGCACGAGCUGCGACUGGAGGACGCCAAGACGUCGUACCUCGGCGCCUUGGCCACGGACCCAAGCCACGUACCCUGCAUGCUCGCACUGACCGAGCUGCACUUGGAGGAGCAGAAUCUGAGCAUGGCCGAGCAAUACAUCUCACAGGUGCUGGCCGUUGACCCUGGCAACCAUCAAGCCUGGCGCCAGCGCGGCUCCGUACUGGCCAAGCAAGGCGAGCACGAGCGUGCCGCCGAUUGCUUUGUCAACGCUCUUCAAUUGGAGUCGUUCGCUCCCAUCGCUCCGUUCAGUGAUAUUCCGUUGAAGUUGUGAUCAUUUCUGUUGUCUUUGAGUCCCCGUGGAGAGUGUACACAGACUUGACUCUGGCUGCCGUGGAGGUAUGUGCCUAAAGAAAGAAAGAAAAACACUAGUACUUUGUUCCUUAGUUUCCCAUUAUUUUACUUUAUUUUUAGCCUUUCCCGCGUUUCUUUCCGAAAAAGAAAUCUGUUUAACCAGGAGUGCGGCGUUUUACCUGCUCACUACUCUCUCUCUCUCUCUCUCUCUCUCUCUCUCUCUCUCUCUCUCUCUCUCUCUCUCUCUCUCUCUCUCUCUCUCUCUCUCUCUCUCUCUCUCUGUGUCUGCAAUUUCUUUCUUUAAUCUCUCUUAUUCUAGUCAGACUCUAUCUGGUGUUCUUGUACAGUGUAAAGUAUUGCUACUUGUACUAUCAAGAGUAUGUAAGGUUAUUAUACUCUUGGUAUUAUGCUAUUUGAUUCACAGACUUUAGCGCACAGUCAACUGCUGGUACGCAAACUGCUAACUAUUUUAGUAUUUUGAUCUUUCGAUUUCUGCCGAUUACCCGAGAUUGCAGCUAAAAAACGUAAAACAGAAACAUUUUACAGACAGCUGAGACGAUAACCAUGCAACCAUUUCAUAUUUUUAUCACUCAACAAUCAACAUGAAACCGUCUUUUCUUGGUGAUCUUACUCUUGAACCUUGUGUAUGUUCAAUACCGUUCUGGAUGCUGCAAGAAGGCCUGCCUGCACCAGAACACUAUUAUCUUUUUUGUUUUGACUUGCCAGAUUCCAUCUUACAUGUA